CACGCACACCCACGCACACACACACACACACACACACACACACACACACACACAACACUGUCAACCCAACAUUCAAAUGCUGACACAUUCUGCAUUAUCGUCACAGAGAUGCAGCAGUUCUCACAGAGCACUUUGAAUGCUGAAGAAAGCAUCUCAGAAGAUUUGGAGUUACCUUGAGAUAUUCACACACCGGAGAGAGUAUGAGGUCGCCCCAUUUCCCAGCCAGGUCGGUGCUUUUCCAAAAGGAGUCCAACGGAGUGACGUACAGAGUCCCAGCGCUGCUCUACCUGUCCCGCUCCAGGUGCUUCCUGGCCUUCUGCGAGGAGAGACUCAGCCCGUCCGACUCUCUGGCUCACCUGCUGGUCAUGAGGAAAGGGACUUUCUACAGGAACUAUGUGGAGUGGGAGUACAUGCGUGUCCUAGGCACUGCCUACCUGCAAGGCCACAGGUCCAUGAACCCGUGCCCGGUGUACGACGAGUUCACAGGCACUCUGUUCUUGUUCUUCAUCGCUGUCCUCGGCCACACCUCGGAGGCCAGACAGCUGGUGACGGGGAAGAACGUGACCCGUCUCUGCUACAUCUCCAGCACUGAUGACGGAGACACCUGGAGUCCUGUCACCGACCUCACCAAGAAGGUCAUAGGAGAUACUAUCAAAGAAUGGGCCACCUUCGCUCUCGGCCCGGGCCACGGCAUCCAGCUGAAGUCGGGCCGACUGCUGAUUCCCGCCUACGCGUACCACAUCGAGUGCAAAGAGUGCUUCGGACAGCUCUGCCAGACCACUCCCCGCGCCUUCUGCUUCCACAGUGAUACCCACGGGCGGACCUGGCGUUUUGGGGAGGCGGUGCCCGUGCCGGAGAGCGUGGAGUGUCAGAUGGUGUCAGUGGAUCAAGAGGACGGGACUAAUGUGCUGUACUGUAAUGCACGCAGCCCUCUCGGGUACAGGGUGCAGGCCCUCAGUCUGGAUGAUGGAGCGGUGUUUCAGGAGGGGCAGCUGGUGCAGCGGCUGGUGGAGCCUCGAAAUGGUUGCCAUGGUAGCAUUGUGGGAUUUCCUGCCCCGUUGCAUUUACGUCAUUCUCUUGACAAUCACUUACAUCAACCUAUACGUCACUCCAGACACUGGACGUCCUGCAACUCAGACAUUACCACCUCUGUUCCCACUAACCCUGUGAUACCCAAUCAUCCAGAUUUCCUCGCCCCCACCUGGGUAGUCUACUCCCAUCCAACAUGGAUCACCGCACGCAAGGACCUGGGCGUGUUCCUCAGCCUGUUUCCCCGUGAUCCAGACAGCUGGCGCGGCCCCUGGGUGAUAUACGAGGGCCCCAGCGCCUACUCUGACCUCGCCUAUCUGGAGCUGCCCCCCUCGCCUGGUUCACCGCCUGCUGUGGCCUUCGCCUGCCUGUUUGAGUGCGGCACCAAAACAGCCUACGACCAAAUCUGCUUCAGCAUCUUCACCCUCUACGAGCUCAUUGACAAUCUGCCCCGGGAGGCGCAGCUGGGAAAUAAUAACAAUCACGAAUGCGAAAGACAGCAGAAUCAAGACUCAAGUGGACAUGACGAUCAAAGUACAGCAGCGUUCCAUCAGGUGCCUCUUGUGAAGAAGAGGAGGAGGAAGAAGAGCAAGUUGACUGAGAUGUGCUCUGUGUCUUAAAGAGGACCUAUUAUGCUUUUGUGCUUUUUCCCUUUCCUUUAGUGUGUUAUAUCGUUUUUUUGUGCAUGUAAAAGGUCUGCAAAGUUACAAAGCCCACACCAAAGGGAGUCA